GCUUUGAUCCCAGCGUAAAACCCAGGUGCAGGGCGCCUGGCGGUAGAUCACACUUGGUGUGGCCUGACCUCGGCCCAGGUGCAGCGGGAGUUUCCUCACUUCUCGGCAGUGGUUUCUCAUGGCCGGAUGGCACCUCCUGGCUAGGAUCCCUAAGGUCCGGACGCUGUUUGUCAGUGGUCUCCCUGUGGACAUUAAACCCAGAGAACUCUACCUGCUCUUCCGGCCAUUCAAGGGAUAUGAAGGGUCCCUGAUCAAGCUCACUGCGAGACAGCCUGUUGGUUUUGUGAUCUUUGACAGCCGGGCGGGAGCAGAAGCAGCCAAGAAUGCAUUGAAUGGUAUUCGCUUUGAUCCUGAGAACCCGCAGACCCUGAGGCUAGAGUUUGCCAAAGCCAACACCAAGAUGGCCAAGAGCAAGCUGAUAGCAACACCAAAUCCCAGCAAUGUGCACCCUGCCCUAGGAGCACACUUCAUCGCACGGGACCCCUGUGACCUGAUGGGGGCUGCUCUGAUCCCUGCAUCCCCAGAGACCUGGGCCCCCUACCCUCUGUAUACUACAGAGCUGACCCCAGCCAUCUCCCAUGCUGCAUUUACCUACCCAGCUGCCACUGCUGCUGCUGCCGCCCUUCAUGCUCAGGUGCGCUGGUACCCUUCCUCUGACACCACCCAGCAAGGAUGGAAGUACCGGCAGUUUUGUUAGUUCUCCAGUCUUGUCACCGGGUAGUUGGUUCUGGAACCUGUCUAAUGGUGCCAGAAUAGGUGCCCUGAGAUUCCACUGCCCCCAGGCAGCCCGUGCAGAGCUGCUACUGCCCUCCAGACUGUGAAUCUGAAGCCUGACUCAGUGGACUGCUUCCUAUUUCCCUUCCCUCUUCCUUAGCCCUGUGCCCUGUUCUGUCCCCAAGGCCUCCCAGGAGGAUUUGGGGGAUGACCUUCCUGUUGGGGCACCCAGAUCCAGCUCGGACGCCUCACUGGGACCCAGAAGGCCUGACCUCGGGCGCAAACUUGCUUCUGUAGCUCCACCUCAAGGAAACAAGGCGUUUAAUUUUGCAUGUUUCUGGCAUGGAUUAAGACACUUAAACUUGUGUAUAUGUGAGUGUACAGUUUGUUCUCCCACUGUGUCACCAUAGCAACAGGUCCUGGCCACCAGUGCUUCAUCCUGCCUGGUCCCUCUCCACCCCACCCCUGCACCCACCCACUUGGGGCCUGAGUCCUCCUUCCCUGAUGGCCCAGCAUCCCCACCACCCACACACCAUUCCAGGCUUCACCACCGCCCAACAGAUAUGUUUGCUUUCUCAUUUUAAAUCAGGGUCCUCCACAUCCUUCUCAGAUGGGCCAGUGAUCGUAAGAAAGCCCUUGCUCUGCCCACGUCGCUUACCUCUCCAUUGCACACCCUGCCUGGUGCUGCUCCUUGUUCUUUCCAAACCUUGAAACCAACCAAAACCGUGAGAAGUAUUUUUGUACCCUGUGUAACAAAAUAUUUAUGCAUCAUAAAGGAUUUUUCAUGUGUGUACCAUUAAUUAUUAAAGAGACUUUGUUCGCCCUGUCAGAUAAGUUUAAUGUUUAGUUUGAGGCACGAAGAAGAAAAGGGUUUCCAUUCUUCAGCAAUAAGAGUUUGUGUCAGGCAUUCGUUUAAGGAAACUGAAGGAGAAAUUGUGCAAUUUUCUUUUGUUUUGUGAGCAUAUCAGUGCUUUACCUUUAGCCGCAGCUAUGACUGUCUUGCCAUUUCAGACUUGGGAGACUAGGUGGCUGUCGUAAUUGCUGAUCCUGUGAGAAUGUGAAACUGGAUAAUAUAUGAAAUGCAAAAUAAAAAAAAAAAAGUCAAAAUGA